AUGGGAUCGGGCGUAGAUUCGCCGGAUGGAGGUGGUGCCAUUUCUGUCCCUGCCAAGGAAACCUCUGACCCUUCGGAGAAGUACAGGAUGACCUCACUUCCUCGGGGCCAAGCGAUGAUCAUCAACAUAAAGGAAUUUAACGAUCCAAAGCAGAACAGGAAAGGGUCAGAAUUUGACAGGAGGGAUAUGAAGAAAUUACUCGAGAAGAAACUUCAUUUCACUGUCACAGUUAAAGAUGACCUGAAGCUCGAAAGGCCAGAACACAAGCAUGGAGACUGUUGCGUCGUUGUCAUCAUGAGUCACGGAUACCAGGGGUCAGGUUCCGAUCCCAAGACGUCAUCUCCCUUCGUCAUUUACUGUUCUGACGGGAAGAUGCUUGAGGUUGAAUGGAUCAUCCAAAAAUUCAACACCGUUGAGUCCUUGAAGGGGAAACCCAAAGUCUUUAUCAUCCAGGCUUGUCGGGCAAAAGGCAGUCAAUCUUUUGAGCAAAUCUUUGGAGAUAUAGGAAAUCCUGGGAGAUUUGCAACAGAUGCCAAUAAGUUAGGAGGCGUUACAGUUCCAACUGAUACAUUUGUCGCCAUUUCCACUACUCCAUAUAAUGUCAGCUACAGGGAUGAGGAAGAAGGAACGCUCUUUAUUCAGGCUAUCUGCAGCGUCUUCGAACAGUUCGGCGGCGAAAUGGACUUCAUAAGCCUGAUGAGAAAGGUUCAUGAUGAAGUGGAUAAACUGGCAGAAGAAGGAAACGCGGAGCAGAGCCCGGAGCUGUCGAUCAGGGGAAAGAACAAGGUUUUGUACUUCAAUCCGUGAUUCUCCAAAUGCUGAAAUCAACAUCCACUUCAGUUGGAAAACAUUAGAAAUAAAUGUUUGCCUUCGUGCAAUGAGAA